AUGCAAUCAUAUGCCAGAGUACGCUUUUUCAUCAUUUCCGAUACCCAUGGUGAAGAUCUCGCCCACUACCCAAUCGAGCCUAUCGACGUCGUGAUCCACUGCGGCGACCUAACCCAAGAUUCAGAACUAUCCGAAUACAAACAAGCGAUAAAACUUCUAAACAACAUCAACGCACCCCUCAAACUAGUGAUAGGCGGAAACCACGAUUUUACGCUUGACAACACUUUAUACCGCCAAAAAUUGACGGAAGCAAGCCUACCUCUGCCCCAACAAGACAAUACUGUAAAAACCACUUAUGGCAAUUUUGGUGAAGCUAAAGCAUUUUUUGAUGCAGAAAGCACUAGCGAUAAUUCGGGAAUCGUUCUCCUCGAUGAAGGAACUCACGAUAUCGAAGUGGCCAAUGGUGUUCGCCUGAAGAUAUAUGCUAGCUCCUUUGUCCCCUCUGAGGAAAACCACUAUGGAUAUCCUUACGAUCCACAUCCCGGGCAUAUUUGGGACAUUCCGCCGGAUGUGGAUAUAGUAAUCACACACCCACCGCCCAAAGGAGUAUUAGAUUACAACAACAACACAAAACGACGAGCAGGUUGUGAGAUGUUGUUUUCUGCCGUCGCGAAAGCUCAACCGAGACUUCAUUGUUUCGGUCAUGUCCAUGAAGCUUGGGGUGCUAAGAUUGUCACUUGGAGGCAGGAGAAACCCAAUUAUAUCACUCAUAUGACAGCGAUUGAUGGGGAGAAGUCUGAGGUCAUACAGAGUUUGGCUAAGUUGAAAGGUGAGAGAGCUGAAGCGAAUGAAGAUGAGCAGAUCAGGAAAAAGUUGGGUGAGAUAGAAGCUAGGGGUUAUUGCUAUGCUGCUCCUGAGUUGCGGAAGGGUGGGCAGACGUUGUUUGUUAAUGCGUCCAUUGAGGGAGCGGAAACGGAAACGCAGCAACUGCCUUGGAUGGUAGAACUCGACUUUCCCAGAAGUCAGACAUAG